AGUAGUACUCGAUCUGUCAUGGCGUGUGGUUUGUAAGAGAGGUGUUUUGUUGAUGAAGAACUUGUGUUUCAUUCAUUAAACUAAAAGUGUUUUUUCAUUGAUUUCCAACAACACUGUGCAGAUAAUUCCUACGUGAACUUUGUGACAAGACACAGGAUGGUCUACUGAAUACCAAUUAGUGAGGAAGAAUUGGAUAUCUUGUGGAUAAAAUGUGGGUGCCAACUAACAAUAAAUACGGAGUGGCCAUUCACAAUUGGCACGGAGAUGUUCGCUGUGGUUUGCCACUGGAUGUUGGUGAUUCUGUUGAGAUUCUGGAAGAAUGUGGACCAUGGUUUCGUGGCACAUGUCCCAGGAGACCAAGAGUUGUAGGACUUUUCCCAAAGUCUUACAUUCACAUUAAAGAUUUGAACAAGGUUGAUCCAGUUGUGGCUGAAUGUACUCAAGUUCUCCGGGAAUGGUCGGAAAUAUGGAAAAAAUUAUUUGUGGAGAGAGAAACAUACAAAUUUACGACUUUAAGAAAGGUAAUGCUUUCACUGUUGGAGAGUCGACGCGAAUUGCUGGGACUCACCUUGACACAAGACCAAACACUGGAGUUGCAGUUGAAAGUUAUAUCCAAAAUAGACUGGGGAAAUCGAAAAUUAUGUCUGGACUUAGUGCCAAGGAUUGGACCAUUAGCUGUUAAUCCGCACAAUAUUGGAAUAGUAUCUCUGCACAAUGUACAUGUGAAUAGUGCUGAAAAUGCCAAAGCGUCUUCUAGUCGAGGCACAUUGAGACGGAAGGCGACCAAAACAAUCCUCACUCAUCAUCUCUAUUUCUGCAUGAGGGAUUUCGGACAUAGAAUUGGAGAUGAUGCUGAGGUGUAUUUUUAUCUUUAUGAUGGCAAUGCAAGUCGAAUGAGAGCCUUGUCUGAAAGAUUCCUCGUGAAAAUAUCCAAAGAUGGCUUCUCCAACUAUGUUGAGAAGCUCCACAGCAAUUGUACAGUUUUUACAGAUUUGGGAGUAUCAGAUCUCAGUGGAGAUCUCUAUCUUGUGGCCAAUGUAAUGCGAGUUGGACGAAUUCUGCAUUCAGAAAGUAUUAAGAAAGGUGAUAAGCUCUUGGGGUCCCAGAGCUAUCGGCGUCCCUAUGGUGUCGGUGUACUACCAUUGGGAGAAAUUGCUCAAUAUGACACUUCAAUUGAGCCCGAAGAGAAGGAAUUUAGCUUCAAAAUUUUCCAAUGUGAAGAAAAAGAUUUUCAUCAGUUGCAUGAGUUGAUCAUCAAGAAGGCCAGUGGGAAAUUUUCUCCGAUUAAUGCAAGUGGACAAAAUCACUAUGGGCUUGUGGUGUCUCUUAAACUCCUUCAUGGAGGUCUCGGUCAGGCUAAAUUGGAGCAACCACUGCUAUUCCAGGGCACUACAAUCACACGAAAAAUGGGCUUCCCUGAUGUGAUAAUGCCCGGGGAUGUCCGCAAUGAUCUCUUUCUGACGCUCGAACGGGGGGAGUUUGAGCGUGGAGGAAAGAGCACAGCUAAGAAUAUUGAAGUGACAGUAUUGGUUUAUGAUGCCACUGGAAAGAUUCUCAGUGAGUGUCUGUGGGGAGCUUCGGGAAUGGAGCCCUACAAUACCUAUCGCACAAUGAUCCUCUAUCACCACAAUUCACCCUGCUGGAAUGAGACAUUGAGACUCAGUGUGCCCAUUGAGAAAUUUUCAAUGGCUCACAUUCGUUUUGAAUUUAGGCAUUGCUCAACACGCGAAAAAAGUGAUCCUAAGCUGUUUGGGUUCAGUUUUGCUCGUCUAAUGGAACCAAGUGGGGCAACUUUGGCUGAUGGGAUGCAUGAGUUGUAUGUGUACAAGUGUGAAGAUCCCACAAAGCUUAUUUCAGCCAGUUACUUGAAACUUCCAUGUUGGGCAAAUGAUGAACAAGCUCAACAAGAUAAUAGUUCAGUAUUUCAUCGAAGUUCAAAGGAGACUCUCUAUGUAAGGAGUCUUUUGUGUUCGACAAAACUCACUCAAAAUGCCGAUUUGCUGUCUCUGUUGCAAUGGAGGACACAUCCGGAGAAAAUUCAGGAUGCCCUUACGCGUGUUUUGAGGUUGAGGGAUGAGGAAUUGGUGAAAUUUUUGCAGGAUGUUUUGGAUGCGCUGUUUGCAAUGUUUUCAAAUGAAGAGGGAAAUAGUACUGAACAUUCUGGGCUAGUAUUUCAUGUUCUUGUUAGUAUCUUCAGUCUUCUGCAGAGUAGUAAAUUUCAGCAUUUUAAGCCAGUCAUUGAUGAGUACAUUGAGAAUCACUUUGCUGCUGCUCUUGUGUACAAAGGACUCAUAACAUCUGUACAGCAUUUGGCUGAAUGGAUGACAUCAGCGGAACGUCCAGAACCCAUUCAAAAGUGUUUUGGAUCACUUGAAUAUAUUUUCAAGUUGAUUAUUCAGUCUAGAAAAUUGUUUUCAAGAGCCACUGGAGGGCAGUAUGAGGAGUCUUUUAGGCGUGAUCUCUAUUCACUGUUUACAGCUCUCAAUCGAAUGCUCUCUGUGCCAUCUUACGAUGUCAUUUUGCUGACGCAAGAGGCACUGUUGCAUUCAACGGGAAUUGUUCUGGAACAGUUGAAAGGGACUCUGCCACCGUCCGAAUUGGGUGUUUUGGCCAGGAAUAUGCUAGAUGCUGUCCCGAGGGAUUCUCAGCCACGUCUAAUUCAGGCAAAAAUGCAAGCUGUGAAGGAUUUGGUGUCUGGACAACUUUUCCAUGAUGAUGAAUCUCGAUCGGUAAUCCUUACGGUUGCAUGCAAACAUUUGAGGAUUCAUCUGGCCAGGAGAGAUGAACUACGUCUCUGUAGUGAGAUAUUGGCUGAAAUCCUUAGUCAUACGCAUGAUUUGAAACAGCAACAACUGGAAAAGCCCUCAAAUACUCUCCAACAUGAUUUAGAUGCACUAUCCACAAAUAUUCUGGAUAUGCUAAUGCAAGCUAUUAUGAUCAUUAUGGAGGGUUCUCCGAGUGUCCUAUCUCCCCUUGUGGCAGUAAUGCUGGGAAUUUUGCAGCAAAUGGAUGAAGUGCACUAUAAACAUCUCUGGGAUGAAUUGAGUAUGAAUGGUGAAUCGAUGGAAUUGAAAGAUUUUCUCCAUCGAACUUUGGCUGUUUUCAAGGAACUCCUAACGCAAGACUGGCAAGUUUUCCCCAAUGAUUGGCUCGUAAUGAAGAUGGCGGCUAAUGAUGUUGUCCGGAAGGCACUUGAGGAAUUUGCAAAACCUCUAGUUUAUCGAUAUCUUGGACCGAAUAUUUUUGAUUCACAAUUGUGGUGGGCCUAUUUUAGUCUAGCUGUAUCCUUCCUCACUCAACCGUGUUUGCAGCUGGAGCAGUAUCAUGAGACAAAGAGACGGAAAAUUCUUCAUGCUCAUGGAGACAUGAGAGUUCUCAUGGGAUUCCAAAUUCUGAGUAUGUGGUCACAAUUGGGAGAUCACAAGUUGCACUUCAUCCCGUCGAUGGUUGGACCGUUUCUUGAGGUGACCCUUGUUCCAGAGCCAGCUUUACGACGAGCUACACUGACUGUUUUCUACGAUAUGAUGCAGUGUGAACAGGCCUCACGAGGAUCUUUCCGUCUUGUGGAAAGUGAACUAAUUGACAAGCUGGAUCUCUUGAUCAGCGAAAAUAAAGGAGAUGAUGAAUAUCGGGAACUGUUUAGUACUAUUCUCCUGGAGAAGGUCCAAAUGGAGGCGCCCACUUGGCAAGAGGCUGGAGCGGCUUUUAUCACUUCCGUCACGAGACUGUUGGAACGCCUCCUUGACUACAGGAGUGUAAUGCAGGGCGAUGAGAACAGGGACAAGAGGAUGUCUUGUACAGUGAAUCUUCUCAAUUUCUACAAGAAUGAAAUCAACAGGAAGGAGAUGUAUUUGAGGUAUAUCUAUAAACUAUUAGAUCUGCAUAUCCAAGCGGAAAAUUAUACUGAAGCCGGAUUUACACUGAAACUUUAUGCUGACAUGUUGAGUUGGGAUCGAGAAGCACUGACUUUUUCCCCUCAAGAUAACAUUGGUCAGCCUGAGUGGCAACGCAAGGAACAUCUCUAUCAUGAGAUUCUGGAAUUUUUCGACAAGGGUAAAUGCUGGGAAAAGGGUAUUCCUCUGUGCAAGGAAUUGGCCAAUCUCUAUGAGACUCGUCGUUUUGACUACAAUCGUUUGAGUGAGAUUCUUAUCACUGAAGCCAAGUUCUUUCAGCAAAUUUUAACACAGAUUCGUCCAGAACCUGAAUACUUCCGGGUUGGCUUCUACGGAAUGGGCUUUCCACUUUUUGUUCGGAAUAAACAAUUUGUCUACAGGGGAUUGGAAUAUGAGCGAAUUGGGGCAUUUACACAACGUCUUCAAACUGAAUUUCCUCAAGCUCAGAUACUUACGAAAAAUUCACCACCGGAUCAGUCAAUUCUCUCUGGACCGGAUCAGUAUAUACAGAUUAGCAAUGUACGUCCGAUUGCGGAUCAUCCGCAUUUGAAGAGUGCCAUGGUGCCAGUUCCGGAGAAAAUUGCACGAUACUAUCAGGUGAAUGAUGUCACAAGAUUCCAACACGAUCGUCCUGUUUAUAAGGGAAUUGUGGAUAAGGACAAUGAAUUUAAGAGUUUGUGGAUUGAACGGACGACUUUGGACAUUGCAUGUCCACUUCCGGGAAUUUUGAGAUGGUUUGAAGUUACAGCCAGAUCGAUGUUGGAAGUGACACCUGUUGAAUUUGCAUGUGAAACAAUGGGAAAUGUUGGGAAGGAAUUGUGGGAUUUGGUAGCACAAUAUCGGACAGAUCCGAGGAAGAAUAUCAAUCCUUUCACCAUGAGACUUCAGGGGAUAAUUGAUGCUAAUGUCAUGGGGGGUAUUAGUAAGUAUCAGGAGGCAUUUUUUACGGAUAGUUUCAUGAAGUCACCACAGGGUCAGGGACAGGCUACCAAUGUGCAGAAGUUGAAGUGUCUGAUACUGGAGCAGGUGCAAGUGUUGGAGACAGCUCUGGAACUCCAUGGACAAUUGGCACCGGCUUCUGUGCAGCCACUCCAUAAGCGGCUUCUUGAGCGUUUUUCCCAGAUGAAGCAGAGCCUAUCGGGUUUGGGUAAGCUCAAGCGUCAGCAUUCUGAGAGUAUUGUCAAUACACCACUUCCGCCGUUGCCCAUUGAGAAGCGUGCCAUGAGUUUGGGGAAUAGUCAUGGGGGCAUUUAUGAGCAAGAUGACAUUUAUACAAGGCCCGUUGAUGGAGCCAGGGCAGUUUCAGUGAAUAACAGUGGCAAUCGUGAAGCUCUGGGGAUUCUAGAGAUUGGACCAAUCAAUCACAAUGGCAUUCAUUCGCCAGCACCUCCAGUGCCAGCAAGACCAAAAUCUGCUGGCUAUGUGAGCCUCAGUGAGAGUCCUGAAGUUCCGCCAAAGAGAGAUGGCGCUAGUGGUAAAAAUAAUAAUUCCAUUGGUUCACCAAAUGCACCCCCAUUGCCACCAAGAGGCUAUACACCGGACAAAAGAGCCUCAAAUCCCAUUCCAUUUGCCGAAUGUGAUCAACAAGCCCCAAAUAUUCCAAGGAGAUCCCAUAAAUAUUCCGUUGUAGAUAUCAGUUUGGAUGAUUCAGAUACAAAUAGUGAACAAAAUAAUCACGAUGUUGGUGUUGAUUUUCGUGAUUCGGGUAUAUCAACAAGUAGUACGGAUCUCAAUCAACUCAAUAAUCUCAAUACAUAUGAGGAUUAUCAUAUACGUGGACAUCACAAAACAAGUUCCAAUCCGGAAGUAUUGAAUAUUCAGGCGGCAGAACUUAUGUCAUUGGCGGCUGGAUUGGUGGGUUCUGGUAGUCUCGAUGGGGUUUGUCCACCACCAAUUCCACCAAAAACCAAUAAUAACUCCAAUUCAAAUCACAGCCUCGAGAGAAUUACAACAGGCACCAACUCCGAUGGCUACUGUGUGCCAAAGAAUUCCGUCUCAAUGUGCGACUCUUCCGUCGAUGGCAACUGAAUCUCCACCGGCAAGUAGUGUGCUUCUUUUUUUCUUUCAUCUCUUUAUUGAGUAUACUUUGUUAGGGCAAAAAUUUUCAUAAAUUUACUCGUGCCAAUUUUCCCGGAAAACCCUUUAAAAAAAAAGAAA